CUGAGUGGGAGCCUGAUGAGCCUGUACAGUGAGGGGGAGCUGGGCACUGUGCCCGUGAGGGGCUGUGUCCAGUUCUCCCUCCGCUACGACCCGGCCAAGAAGGAGCUGCAGGUCCAUGUGCUGCGCUGCCGGGAGCUGGCCGAGGCCAAGAAGCAGCGGUCGGACCCGUACAUCAAGACGUACCUGCUGCCCGAUAAGUCCAACCGCAGCAAGCGGAAGACGGCGGUGAGGAAGAGGAGCUUGGAUCCCAUCUUCAAUGAGACCCUCAAGUACAAGCUGGAGAAGAGAGACCUGCAGGGCCGGACCCUGAACCUCUCCGUGUGGCACCAUGACAGCCUGGGCAGGAACCUCUUCCUGGGGGAGGUUGAGGUCGCACUGGGUGACUGGGACUGGGCCAACACACGCCCUGAGUGGUUCAGCCUCCAGCCACGGAUGCCCAUUUCCUCGGACGGCCUCGCCAGCCGGGGCAACCUCAACUUGGCAUUGAAGUUCAUCCCCGCCGGCUCAGAAGGUGGGGGGAUGCCUCCUACGGGGGAACUGCACAUCUGGGUGAAGGAUGCUCAGAGCCUCAUCCCGCUGCAGAGCGGCACCGUGGACGCCUUCGUGCAGUGCUAUGUGCUGCCAGAUGACAGCAAGGCGAGCAGGCAGAAGACACGGGUGGUGAAGAGGAGCCUGAACCCCCUUUUCAACCACACCAUGGUGUACGACGGCUUCCAGGCCAAGGACCUGGUCGAGGCGUGUGCUGAGUUCACCCUCUGGCACCACGAAGCCUUUUCCAAGCGCCAGCUGGGUGGCAUCAGGCUCAGCCUGGGCACUGGGAGUAGCUAUGGGCUGCCCGUGGGCUGGAUGGACUCGACGCCGGAGGAGCAGAGGGUGUGGGAGCACCUGCUGCAGCAGCCUGGGCAGUGGGUGGAAGCACUGCUGCCCCUGAGGACCAACUUGGUCCCCAGGGCAUAG